AUGACUUUCAUAGUGUAUUACAGCGCAACUCCUCACAUGAACAACAGUAGACGAAAGCCACUGAUACACCAUAAACCAUUGUCAAAAUCCGAAGCGCACCACGGGACGAAAUCCCUAGAUGUCUGGAAAGAAGAACAAGGACGGCGCAGAAAGGUGGUCAGGCAAGUCUGCGAGAGAUUAGGUCUGACCAGAAGGAAGGUCCUCAGCCAACUGAUGCAGUCACCAAAGCAGAGUUUCUUGCAUUUUCUUGUGGAUGAUGCCAGAGGCGCUAUCUACUGCUACAUUCCAAAGGUAGCUUGUACCAACUGGAAAAAGGUGUGGAUGGUUCUAACGGGCCUCACUGGCGAGCGGAAUUUGACGGCGAUUCCGCUAAUGGUUCCUCAUCAAAAUACGAGUAAAAUGGAGCUGACGAAGAACACAAAGUCCGUCACCGUCAUUUCACAGGUUAAAGACUUGAAAUGGAAGCUCAGAUCCUACAAGAAGCUGGUCAUCGUCCGCCAUCCUUUCCAUAGACUCUUAUCAGCCUACAGAGACAAACUUCAUUUUGCGGAAGGAAGACCCUAUUUCCAAAAGAAGGUGCACUCUUACAUAGUGAGACGACGAACUGGUGCCAACCUAACCGACAUACAGUGGCCAGAGUUCGUCGAUUUCCUUACCCUCGGCCGGGGCCAACUGGCUGAUGAUCACUGGAGUUCCUACAUGUCUUUGUGUCACCCAUGUGCCAUCGACUAUGACGUCAUUGCUAAGCUGGAAACUCUUCAGGAAGAUUCCGAUAAAUUCUUACGACUGAUUGAAGCCCCUGAAUAUCUUCAUUUUCCAAACACUUCCAGGACUUCCAGAAGAACAGACAGUGUCCUCUGGAGCGACUACCAGAGGCAAUUAAGCUCCCAUCAAUUGUCUGCUUUGUAUAAGGCCUAUGGGAGAGACUUUGAAUUGUUUGGCUACAAUUAGAGAAGAAGUGUACACAGUCUUCUGGAAAUAUUAUCAUUGUAUUUGUUCUCAUAUUAAUUUUCCAUGUAAAAUUACGAGUAGACACAAAGACAAACUGUAUAUUACGGACAAAACAAAUCAAUAAAUACAUA